AUUACUGAUGAACGCUCGCUGUAGAAGGCUUUACGCAUUCAUAGUCUCUAGCAAUUAAAUUACUACAAGGUUUUAUAUGGAAAUAAAAACAAUUAACAACAGCGUUGCUCGCAAUUGUGAACGCACGUCUCGUUUGAAAUACUGGGUAUUGUAGUGCGCGUACUGAAAUACACGCACUACAAUACGAAACCUCAAUGCGUUCCGCUCGUUCUGGAUUAACACUAUUAGCACUACACCAUGACAUUCUUUGAUUUGUGUGCGUGCUUCCAUAUGUUUUGAUGUUGUAGUCUUUUUGCCGGCGCCAUUUUGUGGACUCCCCUACAGAAAGAGGAUUGCUAUUCGGCGCAAUCGUUACAUUCGAUCAGGGCGGCCAAAGGAGGCAUUCUCCAAACAACGGAGUACUUCGUAAGAGAUAAGAAGCUUUGUUAGUGAAAUGAAUCUGCUGUGCAUAAGGGUCGCACUCGUUAUCGCUUUUUUAGGUGCCUUGGGUUGUGCUUUUAGCCAGAAGGUCCUGGACAUCAAGCGCGUUCGAGAAUACGCGCAAUACACAAACGACCCAAUCAAUCUUCGAUCUACGCGUAUCGUAAAAAGACAGACACCGCUACAAAACGGUGCGACGGCUACGGGGACGACCAACGCUGCAACUGCUGCGGCAAACUCAAUGAUGGCUGGCUGGUCCCGGGUAGCUGCACAUCUCCCGCAAUUCUUCGUUGAAGGCCGUCAUUAUUGGCCAACACAAUACUCGCUUACGAAGCAGUUCGGUUUGCAGGGAAUCAAUGAGCUUAUCGGGGAAGUAGUCCGGUACGAGCGAUCUCGAGCUCUGGCAGCUGCGCGAGAGUCGUCGUGUCGCCAACGGGAUAACUGUCUUUGGAAUCAAAGGUUUACAAUGGUGUCCACCUUAUUUGGGCCAAUGAGCGAAGAGCAACGUUUAAUGCAAAAAAUCGACUGUAAUUCUGUUUUUGCUGGAUGCCAAGGCUAUCAUUAGAGCUAAAGGUCGUUAGAGGAAUAAAACAUUUGAUAAAUGUUUUAUUCCUCUAAAAAUGAUAAUUACCAGGUAUUCAAUAUCUGUAUAGCUUUUUGUUCGUUAUCCUGGGUCAGGAGUGGCGCACACAGCAAUAACUGUUCCUGACAAAAGAAGGUCGCUAGAAUCAGAAUAUUGUACUACAUGUCCUAGGAUGUUUACUGUAAUACGCCCUUCAUUGUGACUCCAUAUGGACUGUUCAGAUGUUUGUUUCAGAAAUCCUUAUCUUCAUUUGAAGACCAUUGAUUCUUAAACAUAGUUAUUUCAGUCAGGAUGUUUAAAAAAUAUGCACAAAUUAAAACAGCAAAAGAAACCCUCAAAAACCCUCGUUUUAGUGCAAUACAAAUUUCAUAGAAAAUCUUCCUGUAGGGAUGACGUCAAGCAAUCUAAAGUAUGGGUGACUGUUACAUUUUGUAAAUAGAUAGUAGAGCUUCAAAGUACAGUACAAUGUGCGUACAGCUCAGUAUUGUUAAACAGGAAAUAAUUGUUCCUAUCAGAUGGGGAA